AUGCAAUUCACCGCCCUCUUCGCCUCCCUCCUCGUCGCCUGCGCCGCCGGCAGCGCCAGCGCGACCACCCUGAAAUGGCACGCCGGCGCGGGCUGCACCGGCGCCAUCAUCGCAACACAACCCGCGGCGAAGGCGGGCCAGUGCGUGCUCCUCGCCAAGGGCCGCACCGCGCGCAGCAUCUCCUUUAACGGCGCCAAGGGGAUCGACUUCUUCGAGUCGGGCGGCAAGCACGACAACUGCGCGAACGGCGAGCAGGCGAGCAGCAAGAAGAACUCGGGCUGCGUGACCGCGCCGGCUGGUCCUGCUAUAUCUCUGGCUCCGUUGUCGAUAUCCGUUGUCGUCCAACAGCUGACGGAGCGGGAUAUGCCGCUCAAGGACGAGCUGAGGGAGUGA